AUGGGGUUACUUGAUACCUCCACCAUUCGCAUGGUUUCAAAACUAGUACAGGUUUUGUUGCUGUUUCAUCAUGUGGUUAUUGCUAACUCUUCAUACUCUUCGCAGAAGCAGUAUCCAUCUUGCCCUAAUGAGGAGAAGUCCGCCCUGCUGCAAUUCAAUGACAGCUUUACGAUUGACAAAUCUGCUUCUAGAUCUCCCAAUGCUUAUCCAAAGGUUUCAUCAUGGAAACCAGCUGAAGGAGGAAAUAGCACCUGCUGCUCAUGGGAAGGUGUCGAGUGUGAUGAGAAGACGGGUCAUGUGAUUGGCCUAGAUCUUGGUAGCAGCUGUCUCCACGGCUCUAUCAACAGCAAUAGCAGCCUCUUCCGCCUAGUUCAUCUUCAAAGGUUAAACCUCUCUGACAAUAACUUCAAUUACUCUCAAAUUCCUACUAGCAUUAGGAAUUUUCCAAGCCUUACUCAUCUUGACUUCUCUACCUCUGUCUUUUCUGGUCAAGUCCCUUCUGAAAUUUCACUGUUAUCCAAGUUGACAUACCUUCGUCUAUCUGGCAAUGUAGAUUAUUUGUCAGAAGAAGAGUAUCGUCCCUUUUUGAAACUUGAAGCAUCAGAUCUUGGAAGCUUAGUUCAAAACUUAACUAGUCUCGAAGUACUUUCCCUCAUUUUCGUAAACAUAUCUUCGGCAAUGCCUCAUUCAAUGGCUAAUUUAUCAUCAUUGACAGCCCUCUACCUCAAAGGCUGUCACCUGUUUGGUGAAUUUCCUGUGAGAAUUUUCCAACUACCAAACCUAGAAUUUCUUAGUGUGAGAUACAACCAAGAUUUGACUGGAUAUUUUCCUGAAUUUAAUCGAAGUAGUCCUCUCAUCUUACUGAAAGUAAGCUUUACUAGCUUUUUUGGAACCAUACCCUCUUUAAUUCAAAAUCUUCAUUCACUGCAAAACUUGGAUGUGGCACAAUGCAAUUUUUCAGAAGGGUUGGUUCCAUCUUCACUUGGGAAUCUUAGGCAGCUCACUUAUCUAGACAUUUCAGCCAAUAAAUUUGGAGGUCCAAUUCCUGAUUCCUUGGCAAACCUUACCCAACUAGCUACUUUUAGGAUUAGUACAAGUUUUUUAACUGGUCCAAUCCCAUCUUGGCUAGGCAACUUUAGCAAACUUGAGUACCUAGAUUUUGCUUUUAAUAGAUUAAAUGGUUUAGUUCCUGCGUCAUUUUCAAAUCUCACAAAUCUUCAUAUUCUUUAUCUACAUUCGAAUACUCUAAGUGGUGCAGUGGAGUUUCAAAUGUUUCAAAAUCUACAAUUUCUUUACCAACUCCAAUUAAGCUGGAACGCUAUAGAAUUUGUCACUGAAUCCAAAAUUUUGAAUUCAACAGUUCAACAGUUCACCGUUCUUGGAUUGAGUAAUUGCAGCAUAGGAGAGUUUCCAUCCUUCUUACAAUAUCAGAAGGGGUUGACGCGUUUGGAAAUUGCUGAAAGCAAAAUCCGAGGCCAAGUACCAAAAUGGAUGUGGAGCACAAGCUUAGAAACUUUGGUAUUCCUAGACAUAAGUGGAAACUUCAUUUCAGACCAAUUUCCAGUUGUCCUUCCUUGGGUGAACCUGGGGCAGUUGUCGAGGUCAUUGGUCAAUUGUGUGAGGCUUGAGUAUCUUGUUUUGUCAAACAAUCAAUUCAGUGGUGUUUUUCCCAUUUGGUUGGGGACUCUUCCAGAGUUAAAACUUUUGGCAAUGCGCCAUAAUGGAUUCUACGUUCCAUCUUUGUUUCCAGAUAUUAUUAUAAACAAGUUAGCAUAUAUGUACACAAACGUGAUUUAUGAAGUCAGUGGACUCAGGAUCCAUAAAAGUAUUGGGUACGCACUCACACUAGCAACAAAAGGGAAAAUUCCAAAAUUCAUUGGGAAUCUGAAGGAGCUUCGGUCGCUGAAUCUUUCCCAUAACAUUCUCACUGGUUCUAUACCAUCAUCCUUCGGAAACUUGAUGAAGCUUGAAUCGUUGGACCUUUCACAAAACAAGCUCUCAGGGCAGAUCCCCCAACAACUGAGGCAACUUACUUUUCUUGGCAGUUUCAAUGUCUCGCACAACAAUCUCACAGGUCCUAUACCAGAAGGAACCCAGCUUAGUUCAUUGAAUAUUACUUCAUACGAGAGAAACCCAGGGUUGUGUGUAGAUCCAUUGCCAAAGAAACGUGGAAAUCCUAAGGCCCCUCAACUUCCACCUCCAACCGUAGACGAAGGUGAUUCUAGCUCAGCAGGAAUAUUUGAAUUUGAUUGGAAAAUUGUUUCGGCCGGAUGUGGAAGUGGGUUGGUAGUGGGAGUAGUUCUUGCAGAUGUUGUGAUCACAAGGAGGCCCGACUUGUUUCUUAAGAUUGUUGGAAUGAUCAGACAAAUGAUAUGGAAAAUUUAG